GGCGUGACUCCGUCCUGCCAAUCAGAAGUGAGUGGGCGGGGCGCGGGCUUAGCGCUGGUGGUGGGUUAAACGAUGGCGGGAGAAAGAGUUGAGGAGAUCAGGCGAUUUACCCGGGAGCUGUUUGGAGGCAGCCCGGACCUCAGUGUCCUGACUCACUCCAGGGUGCGCGCCCAAUUCCUGGCACAGACCGGCCGCUCGGCUCUCACCUCCCAGGAGACCAAACUGCUCAAGCGACUGGUGGAGGAGGAGCUUAUCAGGAUGCAGGAUGGGUCCAGUGAUGAUGAGCCAUUAAUCAGGAAGGUAAAGAAGAGAGACAGAGAUAUUAAUGAGGCUGAUGGCGAUGGAGGCAGAGAACCCACAGGGAAGAAACAGAAGCCCACAGAAGGUCAUGCUUCUGAUGAGGAGGAUUCUGGGAUUGAACCCUUUGUGAGUGACGGCAAGAGACUGUCUGGAAGUUCCUCUGAGGCAGCAGCUGCUGAGAGACAGACUGCAAGCAAGUCGGAGAAGGAAAAGAGAUCACAUAGCAAGAGUAAUGAGACAGAGAGUGAUAUUGAUUCCCAGGGGCCGAGCCCGCCGCGAAAGAGACCUCCCAAAAACCGUAAAAUGUCCGACAGCAGUGAUACAGAGGCCAACCCAACGUCUACAAAACAGAGACCCAAGCAACGUGCCCCUGGGAUAUACAAGAAAGGUGGGAGGGAGGGGAAGAGAGGGGGCAUUUCACCAAUACGGAAGGGAAAGAGAGCGUCCAGUGUGGAGUCAGACAGUGAGAGUGAAACAGAAGUGACCAAUACCAGGCAAAAGAGAAGGUCAAAGAAGGAGACUGACAGUGAGAGUGAGGAAGAAAGCAAAGCAAAGAAACCUGGCAAAGGUAAAAAAGAGAGUGCAAGCCUGAAGAGAGCAGCACAGAAAGGAAAAAAGGCUCAAAUACCGGCAAAACAAAGGAAUAACAAAGCGACAGAUAGUGAAGAAGAGAAUGCUAGUGAUGAGGAGGAGGCAAUCCAAAUACAGUCUUCUGAGAGUGCCAGUGAAAAUGAGACUGGUAGAAAAAGAGUAGCUGGAAAAUCAAAAGACUCAUCAGACAGCGAUGAUGAAGAGCUGGAACAGCCAUUUGGGAAGGGGAAGGUGUCACAGAUAGUGGGGUCAGACAGUGAGGAUGAAGCAGAAGAGACAGACACCAGGCAAAAAUCAGGCAGUGAGAGAAAGGAAGGGAGCAAAUCUAAGAGAGCCCGGAGUCCUAAUGUUGCACUACAGAAAGGAAAAGGGAGAGACAAGAGACGACCAGCAAAGAAACAGAAAAAGGCAGACAGUGAGGAAGAGGGUGAUGAUAACAAGGGAGCCACAAGUGAAUCUGAGAGUGAAGGUGAGAUGCCUGAAAAGAAGAACUUCCCAAAGAAAGAGACAGACAGUGAGAGUGCAAAGAGCAGUGCCUCUGAGAGAGAUUCAGAUAGUGAGAGUGAAAAAGAGAGUGCAGGACAGCAGACAGGGAAAGUGAAUGGGCGUGGGUCCAUGUCAGAUAAGAAGAAGAAAAGCAGCAGUGCCAAGAAAAGGAAGAGACAGACAGAUAAGGAGGGGGAGACAGACAGUGAGGAUGAAGAUAAAGAGAAGGGACAAGGUGCCAAGAAGAACCGGGAGUCUGGUAAAGAAUCCGCAAAUAAGAAAACAAAACCAAUUGACAGUGACUCCUCUGUGGGAUCUGAUACCAACAAGGAGACCGGGAGCAAGAAGCAAAGUAAGAGUUCAUCCAGGGAAGAUCACCCCUCGGUGGCCCAGCUCAAGCGCUACAUUGUGGCCUGUGGGACUCGCAGGAACUACAAGAAGCUGUUCCACGACUGUCGCUCAGUGAAGUCCAUGGUGCAGAUCCUGAAGAAUGAGCUGGAAGAGUUGGGGGUUAAAGGGCAGCCAUCACUCGCUAAGUGUCGUAUUGUGAGAAUGAAGAGAGAGGAGGCGGCAGAACUGGCCGAACUGGAUACCAGUAACAUCAUUGAAACGGCUGGUCGCCCGAGGCGCCGUAACACCUGGAAUCCUUACAAGACUUCUCCCUCCCGAGAUGUCUCUCCUCCCGCAGAAUACCGCAAGUCUGUGGCGUCAGACUCUGAGAGCGAGGAGGCCCCCCCACGGAAAAAGAAACCAAUGGACUGGUCCUCUCUGAAGGGGAUUAUCAGUGACGAUGGUGAGAGUGAGUGAGCCUUGCACACUUACUAACAGGCACUCCUGUGUCAGAGCAGGGCCCAUUGUUAUCCGCCAUUGUCUCUCUUUUUGCUCCCACUACACAGUCCCUCACUGCACGUUAUUUUUAUAUGUCAUUUUUGUAAAUAAAUGUUUUUUUUAUGUUGAA